AUGAAUACGUUAACUACAAUAACAAGCGUGUCUCUUAAACACGUUAAAGAAAAAGAUAUAUUUGAAACUGUUCAACAUAUAAUUGGAUUUUAUUUAAUUCCAAUUAUUUGUCUACCAGGUCUCAUUGGUAAUAUUCUAUGUAUUUGUGUAUUUUUAUCGGAUACAAUGAAACGUUUUUCUACAACAAAAUUUUUACUCUAUUUGGCUAUAUCUGAUACAUUUAAAUUAUCAAAUGAUUUACUUUAUUCAUUGGUAUUAAUUAUACAGUCAAUUAAUACAGAAUUUGGUCAAGAAUUAUUUCAUAUGCUCUAUCGAUAUUGUCAUUAUGUUAAUCAAGUAGUUACUCUGUGUACAGCAUAUCUUACAUUAAUAUUAGCCAUUGAGAGGUAA